AUGCGUCGGCUAGUCUCAACAGGAAACCUUUCUAACGCUGGUGUAUAUCUAAGUCCGAUACAAGAGGAGUAUUUCAUCAACUUUUUCUGGCAAACAUAUCACACUUCAUUAUUCCCAAUACUGGAUGAAACUCAAUUCAAGCAGCAUUACCAGUCUCUAUGGGUUUCUGGUGGCAAAGAUCGAAAGCCAUCAGCCCUCGUGGAUAUCAUCAUUGCUAUGUGCAUGCAGCAUGGUAUUUCGGCCCUUCCGUCAGACACCCAAGGGUUUCUGGUAGAAGGAAAAGAUGCCUUGGUUGCCGGUCGGUGGCACUUCUGGCGUGGGCAGACACUGCUCACAUACGAACUGGAAAGCCCCUCUCUUUCAACUCUGCAAUGCCAUCUACUUUGCUCUGUCUAUCUGUGUGGUGGAUCUUUCCACAAUAUGUUAGACAAUUCAAUCGGUCAAGCCGUGCGCACCGCCUACGCUCUGGGUCUUCAUUUGGACCCCUCGCCGAACAUGUCUGAAAAAGACCGCGAGAUGCGCAGAUGUUUGUGGUGGGCAGUCUAUCUGAUGGAUAGCAAAGUCGGAAUGAAACUCGGCCGUCCCUUCAUGCUGCGUGAUUCUCAUGUCAUGCCAUGUUUACCUAGCGACAGCUUCAACGCUGCAAGAAUGUCGGGAUCCGCUUUUGCGCCCAUUGGCGACGAUUCUACUUGGCUGAGUUACAACAUUCAACAGACGCAGCUAUAUAUCAAAGUACGAGCUGCCUACACGGGCUACUAUGACCAGGAACUCCACUUGCGGGAUGGCCACACGAUCUGGGAUGAUCGUCAUGCCCUCGAAGCUAGUGCGGAGGCUCUGUUCCCACAUAUCCAGAUUUUGAAAGAAUGGAGCAACAACGUACCAGAUGCUCUCAAGUUAAAGCGUCACAAUAGCGGCAGACCUCUUUCCACAGACGGCACACGACUAUUACUCGAGCAGUUUGCUCCACUCUGGCUUCAGCGGCAACGUGUUCUUCUCGAACACUCAUACCAUCAUCUCAGCAUCAAUCUAUACCGACCACUAAUUUCCUUCUCUUCCAAGCCAUCACCAGGCUCUCCAGCGGAGGAAAUCGCGAUGCGUUGUGCUUCCCAUGCUAUUAUGCUAUCGAAGAUUACGCAACAGGCUCUUGCGGACACCUCAAUCCUUGAUGGAUGGCAUGAGGCCUUCCACUGCCAAUGGAACGCAGCUAUGACCCUGAUCGGCUUUGUCAUAGUGUACCGGAAUGCACCCUUGACUGCCGAAGCCAGGAGUGCAAUCGACCUAGCAGUUGAUGUAUUUGAUAACUUCGGGGCAAAAUUCUCUGUUGCUGCAAAUGCGGCCACUAUUAUGCGAGAUCUUUGCGUCAAGGUUGACUUGCUGGUAAAGCAUAAUCAGUCCCAGCGCGAUCCUUUGAAUGGCCUCCAAACCAUCUUUAUGGACGAUCCUAUGAGCAUCACGGAAGACCUAUCACUUGAUUCUUCUUCGAUUUCAUCAAUGAGAGAUUGGAACUCAUACACAAAUGAUCUUGCACCGGAUUUAACAUUGUUUGACAUGGCGGUUGAUCUGGAUUUCUGGAACAGUCUGGAUGCCCUCUAUCCCGAAGCUGACAAUUUGUCUCAAUAUCGAUCGGAAAUUUGA